CUGAUGUUGAGUCCCAACCAGACAACAGUGAUGGAGUUCAUGCUGCAAGUGUUCUCAGAGCACCCCAGUUUGCGACUGCCCUUGAUUGGCUGCUUUCUGUAACUCUAUACAAUGGCUCUAAUGGGUAACACUUUGAUCACUGCUUUGAUCAACUGCAGCACUGGGCUUCAUAGCCCCAUAUACUUUUUCUUGGGCAAUCUAGCCACCAUGGACAUUUUCUGCACUUCUUCUGUUCUGCCCAAGGUCCUGGUUGGCCUAACCUCUGAGGAAAACACCAUCUCCUUCCAGGGGUGCAUGGCACAGCUCUUCUUCCUUGUGUGGUCUGCAUCCUCUGAGCUGCUGCUGUUCACAGUCAUGGCCUAUGACCGCUAUGUGGCCAUCUGCUUUCCCUUGCACUACAGCUCCUGGAUGUGCCCACAGCUGUGGGGGGCCCUAGCCAUGGGUGUGUGGACCAUCUGUGCACUGAAUGCUUCUGUCCACACUGGUCUGAUGACACGGUUAUCAUUCUGUGGCCCCAAGGUUGUCACCCACUUCUGUGAGAUACCCCCACUCUUGUUGCUAUCCUGCAGCCCCACACAUGUGAACAGCAUCAUGACUCUUGUGGCAGAUGCUUUCUAUGGAGGCAUCAACUUCCUGUUUACCCUGCUGUCCUAUGGCUGCAUCAUCACCAGCAUCCUGCAUAUGCGCUCUGCUGAAGGGAAACGGAACGCCUUCUCCACCUGCUCUUCUCACCUCAUUGUGGUUUCUGUGUACUACUCGUCUGUGUUCUGUGCCUAUAUCAGUCCUGCUUCCAGCUACAGUUCAGAGAGAAGUAAAGUGUCUGCAGUGCUGUACUCAGUCUUGAGCCCCACCCUGAACCCCCUCAUCUACACACUGAGGAAUAAGGAUGUUCAGGAAGCCCUGCGGAGAUUCUUGCCUUCCUUCUGA